AUGCUUGCGAAAAAGUUCGAAACUCAACGUGAUUCGAGGAAAAUACGUAAAUUUUUCAAUAUUUGGAAAAGUCGAAUAAUAAAUUCACUCUUGAAAAGAGAUACACGAAAUUCAAGUAGUAACAAGGGAUCUAUUGGGCAAUCCGGGUCAAAAGGUACGCUAAAAUUUUCUGCAGCCCAAAAUUCAGUUUCAAUAGAAAACAAAAAAGGUUCCAAGAAACAAUCAAGACCUGGAUUGUACGAAAAAGACAAAAAGAAAUCGAAAAAGACUAAUUUGGUUACAGAAGAAGUUCAAGCAACUCCAAUUUACACAGAUUCAUCAGAAGAUGACGAUAUUUUAGUUGCCUACACUCAUGAGUUAAUUGAAGAAAGUAAAAAAGUUACAAAGAGUAAGUUAAGUCAAUUAAAUAAAUCAUCAGAUUCAGAUUUUGAUAAUAUUCCAGAAGAAAAACCAAAGAAGGAGAUCAAAAUACAGCAAACUCAGAAAAAUAUUCAACAGAAGCCUGCUAUUAAUAAGCCAUUGUCUACAAAUAGCGAUGAUUCAAUUGAUGAAUUAAUUUCCAACGUAAAAGACCUUGUUGCAAAGAAACCAUCUCAAGUAACCGUGACAGCAAAAGCAUCUCAAAUGUAUUUAGACGAUGAAAUUGAUGAAGGCGAUAAUUUAGAAAAAGAUCUUGCUUUGCGUUCUGUUCUUGAAGCUGCUAGACGUCGCCAAGGUGCAAGGAUGAUAAUACAAACAGAAUUUGAUGAUAAGGAAAGCGAUGAUGUUGAUAAAGAAAUCACAGAAAGAAGAGUUAACAGAAUCUCUUCUCCAAAGAAGCAAAGUCCUGUACCACAAGUAAGCAAAAAUGAUAGCCAGUUAGAUAUAGAAUUAGAUAUUGCUCAAAUGAGGCAAAACAAACAACAAAAUACAAAUAUUGUAUUUAAUAGCUCUGAUAUUGAAAAAGAAGUAAACGAAUUAAAGAAAUCUAAAGAGUUUAAAGCAAAUCUAUCUGGUUUAUCAUCUCCAAUUCGUUCUCCAAAGCAAGAAUCAAAAAUUAAUCCUAAAUUCUCCUCUCCUAUAAGAUCUACCAAACAAGAAACAAAGAUUCCUUCUAAUGUAUCAUCUCCUAUCAGCUCUCCGAAGCAAGAAUCAAAGAAAGUUUCAAAUAUUCCAUCUCCUUCCCGUCAACCAGCUCCAAGAAUAGAGUUUAUGCCUAUCCAAAGUUCAGAAUCUGAAGAUGAAGGCGAAGAUAUCCACAAAUACUUGAAUGAUUCGGCCGAUGACGAAAACGCAGAUUCUGAGCCAUCAUUUGAAGAAGAAUUCAAAAUUGGAGCUUAUUUAAAGCAAAAAAGAGCGGAAUUCCAAAAUAACAUUGAUAAUGACGAUUUGAUGAUGACAACUCGGAUCAAUUUAGAUAACACAGAGAUCCACCCAUCGCCAAUAAAGAGUGUUUCGAACCAAACUCCUUCAAAACUUUCUCCAACUAAAUUAAAUUCAAAUUCAUCGAAUGAAGUGACAAUUUCACCGAUGAAACCAUCAAGAAUGGACAUGGUGAGCAAGAAUAGCAACUUAUUGACCAAUUCUGAGGAAAAUCUUUUGAAAUCUCUUUCUCCAAAACCAAAAACUCAAGAAACAGAAGAAGAAAGUGAACCAGAGACAUAUACAAUUAGAUCUAAAGUCCCUGUUCCUAUUGAUGAUGAAGCUUCUGAAGAAGAAAUUCAAAAUCUAAUUGCAGAAAGCAAAGCAAGAGGAAUUGCUCAGACAACAAUUACUAAUAAUGGUGUUGGAUGGAGUACUGAAUCAGAAAGUGAUGAUGGAUUUACUUUUGCUCCAAAACAAAGCGAAAAUACAAAAAUUCCAUCAUUAAAGAAAUUAAGCUCUGAUUCUGAUGAAAUCGAAGAGUUUUGUGUUAAAAAUUCCAAAUGGAAUGCAGAAGAAACAGAUAAAAACGAAACAGAAAUCAAAACUUCUCCAAAACCUCAAAAAUCUCCUCAGAAAAGCACAGUUCUUGAAAACACCAAAUUAGAAAUCAAAUCUCCAACUAAAGAAGUCCCAAUUUCCCCAGAAAAAAAAAUUAUUUCGAAUCCACCACAAGAAAAAACAGAAACAACAGCUUCUGUGUUCAGUUCUCCUGUUAAAACAACUCCUCCUCCAGUAAGAACUAAAAAGACUUUUGAUUUUGCAAGAAGUGAUUCAGAUGAAGAAACAAAACCAGAUAAUGCCAUUGCUGACUUACUAACAAAGCCAAUGCCAAAGAUUUUAUUCAAUCCUGAAGAAGAAGACGAAGAAUUUCUUAAAUUUGAAUUAAAUAUUCCAAAAAUUGAUAAAAAGGAAGAAAAAUCGCCAACUUUAUCAAGUUCUGGUGAAUUAAAGAAGGAAAAUAAUUCAAAUACAAUUCUUCCUAUCAAUGCAUCAAGUGAUGAUGAAAAUGAUUUAUUGAAUUUAACUAUAGAAGCGGCUGCAUCGGAUUCUGACCAUUCAGAACAUAAAAAUGAAUCGAAUAUAAGUCAGAAAGAAGAGAUUGAUAAAGUUAUUACCCAAAUUGAUGAUGAAUUAAACAAAUCUUCAGAAAAUGAAGAUAUUGUUUUAGAGAAAGACCAUGUCUUUGAUUACCAAAAGAUUAAAGACUUACUGAAAGAUGAUGACAAAGAUGAAGAAGAGUCAAUUCCAAGCAUUGACAUAGAUAAGAAAUAUAAUGAGCUUAUGAACAUCGAAUUAUCCGAUUCCGAUUAA